UAAAUUUGGGUUAUUAGAUCAGCGUGCACAUAAAUGUCUCACCCAAUAAUAAGUAAGUUGGGAGAAAAUUCACUUUGCUUUUCAACACCUUUUCAACACAUUUCAUGUGUGCUUAUGUGGAUUUCUAACAUUGGCUACCCGAGGAUGUUAAGAAACCUGUCUUGUGCCUAAGAAGACACGUAUGGGUGACCGUUCAAGUUCCUUCAUUACUGUUUGAGUUUUCAUAAUCAAACGGUGCAUCAAUAAAAGGAUACAAACAUCAAAAAUUCAGAAACCACAAGCAAGCAAUAAUGGGUGAAGGAGAAGAAGUGAAGACUAGACCUGAACCUCAAGUUGAGAUUCAGGAAAGGGGAGAGAUAUUCUUCUUCUACAGGCCAAAAGUUGGGAAAGAAGAGGCUCACGGAGCAGAGGAUGUGCAGAGGCUGUACAUUGUUAUGCGGCCGGAGUCCGGUGAGAGGCCUGUGGAGGAGAAGCAAGAAUCGGGCUCUGGCAAAGAAGGUGCAAAAAAAGGGGGAAAUGGUUCUGCCAAGAAAGGGAGUGAAGGUGGACAUGGUAGUGAGAAAGUAAACAUUGAGAAGGAGCGUUUGCUGAGGUUUAUUGUUAUGGGACGGAAAAGCCUUCCAGAUCCAAGCAAGAAACGCCAACCAUACUGGGGUUUUGUAGAACUGGUAACUACCAACAUAGAUGAUGUAAAGACUGCUCUCAAAGGAGAGGAAUAUGAUACUAAAACAAGGGGACGUAGAAUCAAACCACCGGCAAGAGCACUAGGAGAAGGUGUGUACCGUAUACUAAGGCACAAUGCAGGAGGCAAUAAGAGGAUGCACACUCAUUUGAUCUACAAGCUUGAACUCCCACCGGAAGACAAAACGAACAAGCCGCAGGAGUCCCUUAAUGUCGAGCGUGAAGGUUCAUUUGUUAUCCAAAUAAAGAACCCUGAUCAGCAAAGCACUUCAAGGUUUACUGGACUCCAAAGCAAACGCAAGGCCGUCUUUCCAGCCCAUCUGCAAGGGCUGUUCGGAAAAAGACAGUGGCACCCAGCUGAUCCUCCUGAUUUUUUGAAGUAUGAAGGUUGUGAAUUCGUGCUGAUAUCGGCCUCGGACGAUAUUGAAGGGGAACUGGGUUUGGAACUCAAGACAGAAGUAGAGGAAGCAAAUGAUGAGUCUUGUUCUGAUUUAGUGAAGACUUUUGGAGCUACUGCAGUUACUGAUCCUCUUUUUAAAGGGACUUGGGUUUGAAGUUAACAAACUGUGUUCUGGUCAUGUGUACAAAUAGCUAGUAGGUAACCUGCCUUUGCACUUAAAAGUUUACUUUUUUUGGAUGAUGGUGUUCUUAACUUUGCUGGAUGGACCCCGGGUUCAUGGUUCCUGUCCUAUAUGUAGGUCUUUUUGUGUAAUUAAGGAGUCGUUUGGUUAAACAGAUCCUAGUUGUUCAUGUUUUUCUCAGGCCUGUGACAGCUUCCAACUUACAUUUGCAAAUCAAAGAGAGUAUAGAUAAGAGAAUCAAGAGAGUUGAUGGUCUGAGUUAGGCUUAUAUCGAAUGUCUUUUUGUUUG